AUGUCUGAUCUCUACAUUUCUCGCAUUCGCAACUGGUUGCUCAGCUCGCCUCCGGCAGAAUGGGCGUUGCAGCAGUUGCGAGAGCUUCUUAUCGGAGCCUUGAGUCAAGGCCCCAUUCCGCAGCAUAUUUCCUUUGAGAUGGAUGGCAACAGGCGUUACGCCAAGAUGCACAAAAUCGAGGCUAUUGAGGGCCAUCACCUCGGCUUUGAGGCCCUCGCUAAAGUCCUGGAAAUAUGCUACAAAUGCGGUGUCAAGGUUGUCACUGUCUAUGCCUUUAGCAUCGAAAACUACCACCGACCUCAGUAUGAAGUCGAUGGCUUGAUGGAGCUGGCCAAAGUCAAGCUGCAGCAGCUCAUGCAGCACGGCGCUGUUUUGGAUCGGUAUGGGGUCAGUGUUCGUGUGCAGGGCCAGCGCGAUCUCAUUCGCGCCGACGUGUUGGAAGUAGUUCAUCGCAUAGUUGAAACGACAAAGCACAACGCCAGAGCGACCCUGAACAUAUGUUUCCCAUACACCUCGCGGGAGGAAAUCUCACAGUCCAUCCGAAACACAGUCAGCGAAUACUCGAGCCCGCCACGACCGCAGAACACACCCUUUUCGCAAGCUCGCAUCAAGCAGACGAUCCUAUCCAAGCAGCUAGACCGACCUGAGCUCUUGUCUACUAUUAGGGAAACUUCACCAGCCCCGUCUGUUUCGCGCUCUGAAGAAGCUGAUGGAUCAGUCUCGUCUUCGACCACUUUGCCACCCGACUCCCCGUCUCGGAACUCUGGCCCUGCAGACGUCACCAUCUUGCCAAACCCCGAGGCAAUCACUGCAGAGACAAUCGAUAGCCACAUGUACAUCACCGGAGACCCGCCGCUCGACAUUUUCGUCCGGACGAGUGGCGUUGAGCGGCUGAGCGAUUUCAUGCUAUGGCAAUGCCACCAGAAUACCGAAAUAUUUUUCCUCAAGUGUUUCUGGCCCGAGUUUGACCUGUACCAUUUUCUUCCCGUCCUUGUUGAGUGGCAGCGCCGUCAAAAACAGAAGGCAGCAGACGAGAAGCCGCGCAAGCUUGUCAAACCGUGGUAG